CUUGUGGGGUCGGCCCUAAUGACCUUUGACGAAAGAGCUAGUUAGUUUUCAAGCCAGCGUGACUGUCACAAGACCAAGAGAAGUUGUAUUUGGAGACAGAGGUCGAGGGUGGACAACUGCUAUGAGAGUCUGGUGAAGCUAGCUCCUGUUCUGAGAGUUGCUUGCCCUUCAAAUCUAAGAGCCAGGAAAUUCCUCUCAAGUGUUGAGACACUAAAUGAUGCCAAUGGCAUCUCCCGUCAUAUCUGACCACCGGAUAUCACCAUCCCCUCGACAAACCACGCCCACUUCUCCCGGUGGUACCCGUUUACUCCAUCAAACCACUCCCACUUCCCCAGGAGGCCAGUUACCCUACAGACAACAGCCUAACCCCAAUUCCCCAGGUAAUUCCCGGACUCACAGACAGUAUACAAUGCCUGUAUUGCCAGUACCCAAUCACGUACGCUCCCCACCACACAAUAUGAGUUUCACUAUCGCCGAAAGUGACGAAGACGAAAUAGAUCCACUUGGGGACCACCUCCCGAUGCUGCUGUCCCCUAUGAUCCCCCCUGGACAGGACAACAUACUUCGAACACAGGAAAUGCAAGAGACAGAGGAAGACGUGUUUUUUAUACACCCAGAAGUGCCUAUUAUUUAUGAAGAAGCGAGGAAAGAAGCUAAAAUCAUUGGAGGACGGUAUUUAAAGGGGGAACAGCUGGGAGAGGGAUCGUACUCAAAGGUGAAGGAGAUGCUUGAUGUUAACACACUGUGUCGGAGAGCUGUCAAGAUUAUGAAAGAGAAGCGGUUAAAGAGGAUCCCAAACGGAGAGGCUAAUGUUCAGAGAGAGAUCAAAAUUCUGAAGAGGCUGGACCACCAGAAUGUGAUACGUUUCAUUGAAACUUUCAAAGACCCAGAGAAACAAAAACUGUAUAUGGUAUUGGAGUACUGUGUGGGGGGUCUACAAGAGAUGCUGGACAAAGCUCCUCACAAUCGGUUCCCACCGUGGCAGGCACACAGUUACUUUGUCCAGUUGAUAGAAGGGCUGGAGUACCUUCAUGGUCACUGGGUGGUGCAUAAAGAUAUCAAGCCAGGGAAUCUCCUCCUCACCUCUGACAAUACUGUCAAGAUUGCUGACUUUGGAGUGGCUGAAGAGUUGGAGCAGUUCAGUGGUAGUGAUGUGUGCACUACCUGUCAGGGUAGUCCAGCCUUCCAGCCUCCUGAGAUUGCCCUCGGCCAGGAUGAGUGGUCAGGAUUCAAGGCUGACAUCUGGGCAGCUGGAGUCACAUUAUACCAUUUUGUGACUGGAAAGUUUCCAUUUGAGGGCGAGAAUGUGUACAAACUCUUCUCGGUGAUUGCCAUUGGACAGUUUGAGAUUCCGGGUGAUUUGUCACCGCUCCUCACCGACCUCCUCAAGGGAAUGCUACGGAAGGAAGCUGAAAACAGGUUCACCAUACAAGAGAUCAUGCAACACUCAUGGUUCAUCUUCAAACACUCUAAGCCGUUGCCCCAAGAUAUAGUUAGGUUCACGCCAUACGCAGACUCUGGUGACCACUACCGAGGGACCACUGUACUCCCGUACCUCGAAGCAUUCUACCAAUACGGGGUGGAGGGUGGAAUGGACAGGGCAGCAACUGCUACAGAAAACCCUCGUCACGAUGUACAGGACCCUGCCUGGUCGAGUGAGGACGACCUCUUCAACCAGUACGAGGCCCAGAGCAUGGCCUCCGUCCAAUCAGAACGCUCGCUGGAGAACAUAAUACAGAGACGAUCACGAGUCUCCUCACAAGAAAACGUUCUUUUUCCGAUGUCUAGAAGUGUGGACGCAUUGGGAGGGAACAUAAAACCAUCGAGCAGAAAGCCUAAAAAGAAAAAGAGCAAACUCAGAAAGAUCAGUAGCAAAUCAAACUGUGCCCAACAGUAGCUCAUACUCGUAUCAUGUUUAGGUCUCUUUUUUUAAUACUGGUCUUCACUUUUAUGUAUUAGUGUGCUUAUUAUCCAUCAUCCAUCUCCGUACAAUGUAUGCAUUCUCUAUUAUAUAGAUUUGAUUUUUUUAUCAUUUCACACCUGUCUUGUCUUUGACAUGCAAUCCUCUAGUUUGCACAGCAUCAUUCCCAUUCCCAUUGUGUGUUUGUGUGUAGUAUUCUCAUGGACUAUAGAAAGUCAAUUUAUAAUAUCCAACAAUACAUUAUUGAGCAAAGUG